UAUGGAGCCGGUGGAGGCCUGGACUCCCGAGAAGGUGGCAGCUUGGCUGAGAGGCCUUGAUGACUCUCUUCAGGAUUAUCCCUUUGAGGACUGGAAACUGCCUGGCAAGUACCUGCUGCAGCUCUGUCCCAGAAGCCUCGAGGCUCUGACUGUGUGGCCUGUGGGCCACCAGGAGCUCAUUCUGGAUGGACUUGAACAGCUCCGGGAUCUGGGCUCCAAGCUACAGACAGAGAACCUGCAGAGCCUGGCUGAGGGGCUGCUAGAAAGGACCCAGGCCUUCCAGAGCUUAGUCCAAGGCCGUCUGGGGGACUGUGCUGAGACGCCUGUUGAUGUCCUCCAUGCUGCUGUAGAGCUGGUGCGAGAAGCCCGUGCUCUCCUCUCCUGGCUUAACAGGUACCUCUUCUCCCACUUAAAUGACUUCUCCACCUGCCAGGAGAUCGGGGUGCUGUGCGGGGAGCUGGGCCAGGUCUUGCAGGAGGACUGCCCAGAGGCUGAGAAGGAGAGCAAUGUCCUGAGGAUUUGCAGCCAUGUGGCAGGGGUCUGCCACAACAUCCUGAGUUAUAGCCCAGAGGAGCUGCUGGAGCAAACGGCUGUGCUGGAGCAGGUGCGGCUGGAUGACCCUUCGGGCCUGAAAAUCCAUACCACCAGCAACUGCCUGCACUUCGUGUUCCAAGUUCCCACUGGCUCCCAACUGCAGAUCCUGCCUGGUGAUGAAGUUGUCCAGAUCAAUGAGCAGGUGGUGGUGGGCUGGCCUCAUAAGAAUGUGGUGAGGGAGCUGCUUCGGGAGCCAACGGGGAUUAGCUUAGUGCUGAAGAAGCUUCCAGUGCCAGAGACCCCCUCCCAGAUGCCUCUGGACUCCCUGUGUCUGUCAAGCCAGUCACUGUCUCUGGUGCCACAGCCUCCCAGGGUCCCAUCUGAAGAUCUCUUUGCCCUUGGCCUGCCUGCAGACCCAAGUCCUGGACCUGGCCCUACCUGGAUAGACUCUACGUCCCUUGAUGCUGAGCCCCUGGCCAUCCCCCCUGCAUCCCCAACCACAUUUCCAGAAAAAACAGCAGAGCCUGUGGCUCCCUCAGAACACUUUGACAAGAGUCCUGUCCUUGGUCAGAAGAAAUCAAAAGGCGUGGCCACAAGGCUGAGCCGCCGCAGGGUGUCUUGCCGGCAGCUGGGCCUGCCUGACUGUGAUGGUUGGCUCUUACUGCGCAAGGCACCUGGCGGCUUCAUGGGCCCACGCUGGCGCCGCUGCUGGUUUGUGCUCAAGGGACACACGCUGUACUGGUACCGCCAGCCUCAGGAUGAAAAGGCAGAGGGCCUCAUCAACAUCUCCAACUACAGUCUAGAAAGUGGACAUGAUCAGAAGAAAAAAUAUGUGUUCCAGCUCACCCAUGACGUGUACAAGCCCUUCGUCUUUGCUGCCGAUACCCUGUCUGAUCUGAGCAUGUGGGUACGCCAGCUUAUCACCUGCAUUUCCAAGUACCAGUCUCCAGGCCAGGCCCCCUCUGCCCGAGAGGAAGACUGCUACAGUGAGACUGAAGCCGAAGACCCUGAUGAGGAGGCUGGGUCCCGCUCAGCUUCGCCCAACCCAGGUCACACUCGGAGUCGUGACACAUCGCCUGUGGCCUCCCCCAUGCAGCGCAGCCCAAGGACCUCCUUUGGCUCUCUAGCAGACAGCAGUGACAGGGCGCUGGAAGGGAUGGUGCAGGGGCUGAGGCAGGGGGGGGUGUCCCUCCUGGGCCAGCCACAGCCCCUGACCCAUGAACAGUGGCGGAGCUCUUUCAUGCGGCGCAAUCAAGACCCCCACGUCAAUGAGAAAGUGCACCGUGUGCGGGUGUUGCAAAGCACCCUCAAGGCAAAGCUGCGGGAGCUUCAGGCCUUGGAGGAUGUGCUAAGUGACCCUGAGCUCACUGGGGUGAAGUUCCGGCGGUGGAAGGAGCAGAACCAGGAGCUGUAUUCAGAGGGCCUGGGGACUUGGGGAGGGCUGCAGGCUGCAGGCAUCGCCCCAGCUCUGACCUCUGACCCAAGAGAACAGUCGCCAACGUCCCUGACCUCUGACCCUGAAGAGCCUUCCCAGGUCUUUCCCUUGACCCCAGAGGACAGUCUCCAACCUCUUGACCUCUGACCCUGGCCAGUAUCUUGGCUCCUGACAUCUGACCCUGGAGACUCCUUUAUCUCCAGCCUCUAAUGUGUCUAAGCAACAUGUCCCUGGGGAGUGUUUGAAGCUGGCAGUAGUAUUAGUUCUUGGCUUUACUCCAAAUUGAUCCCCUGCCUGGGCUUCUAUCAUUUCCUAGAGCAAAGGAAUCUUUGUGCUGCCUUCCUGUCUUGCCAGGAAGAAAUUUUCCUGGCCAUCCUCGGGUCUGGGGCAUGCCUGCCUCCCUUGGAAUCUCAGCAAAGUUCCCCAAACCAGGUCUGGUUUAUCUUACAUGAGAAAUG